AUGCUUCAGUCACAGGCUGUAAGGCUUAGCAAGAACCGGCCACAAGAUGAUCCCAAGCCAGGUCAGAGAAGCCCCGAGGAUGAUGACAGGAAGGUUCGGAGGAGAGAGAAAAACCGGGUUGCUGCUCAGAGAAGCCGGAAGAAGCAGACCCAGAAAGCUGACAAGCUCCAUGAGGAGUACGAGUGCCUGGAGCAGGAGAAUGCCGUGCUGCGCAGGGAGAUUUCAAAGCUGAAGGAGGAGCUGAGGCACCUGAGUGAGGCUCUCAAGGAACAUGAGAAGUUGUGCCCCCUGCUUCUGUACCCUAUGAACUUUGUGCAGGUUCGGCCAGACCCUGUGGCCGGCUGUCUGCCCCGAUGACACCACAGCUCGCUCCUUUUUCAUACAGCUUAGAACCUGGGUUUGCACACCCAAGAGUUUCCCUGUACACCUGUGUCCAGGAGUUCCUGUGGCUGUGCCCCUCCUAGGAGCUCUGGGGCCAGCCUGGGCUCAUCAUGCACUCUGGGGGCACCUGUCCUCAAACCCUAGAGUGGUGGAUCCAGAAGGCGGCCCACAAGAGCUACCUGCAGGAGU